AUGACGCCGAUAAUUCGCGUCGCCGGUCUCUAUUGCAAGAACGCUAGAGCCAUCUGGUGGCGUAACGGCACACUACCGCGAUGUUUACGCUUAAAGAAGACGAGCGAGGCGAGGCUGGAAUGUCCUUUUCGGAACGCGCAAGGGCGGCGCGAGGUUCUCUCUACGUUUCUUCGUCCAGAUUCUCCUAGAAAUGUAUCGAGCACAUCGAGAGAACGAACAUCGGAGAGAUCAAUUUCGUCUCGAGAGACUCGUGAUUUAUGCGGCGCGCGCAGGCGAGACGCGGCUGACCUCGACUCCCUGAUAUUUCGAUUUGGCGAAACGUGCAGGCGAUGCCGUGCCGGAGGACCCGGCUCGGGCCAGGCAGGACCGACGCGAAGAUUCGGCGAGACGUGUAAACAAUGCCGUGCCGAAGGAUUCGGCUCGGGCCAAGCGGGAUCGGCUCGAAGCGUAUGUAGCAGAAUGUGGCCGAUUCUGAUCUGCUGGUACUUUGGCCCGCAAAGUCCACACGUACUUCUUCUUCAAGGGAGCCAACAACGCGGGCCUCUUUCUUCAUCUGCCGCCGGCACUCUCAAUCAAGGCAAGAUAAAAGCCCGACGAGUCCGAUAGGCAAUCGGCCAUCAUCCCCCGAGCGCGGCGCGCACCUAUAUCGAUCGGAGCCACGCGCGCGUGGUCCACGUGGCUUCCGAUCAGCCGACCCAGAUGCAUACAGAGAGCCCCGGUUGUCCAUACACCUAAUGGCACAAUCACUGGCCGUCGUAAGUACGCAGCACACACUGUAUACAGCAACUCUUAUCGGCACCGACUGCACCGCGGUAUG